AUGGUUCUGGUGUAUGACAUCAUCCAGUCCCAGGUGUCCCGUUUCUCCCAUGUCACCACGGGGAUAGGCGAUCCCACCCUGUUUGAGCCUGGCGUGUAUGAUUUCCAGACGACGCCCACCAACCAGGGUGUGGCGGUGGCCAUCGCGUCGAUGGCCAUCAGCCAUCUCAGCCACGGGCUGCUGGCGCGGGUCGUGGUUAUUGAGUGCCUAGGGAGGUUUCCCUGGCCGUUAGUGACGAAACACCGUCAGUUUCGAGGGCGUUGGCUCGAUGCUAAUGGCCCCUUAAAGAUGUAUCGGUGUACCAGUUUUGGCGAAGUGUAUACGCGUCUUGAGAGCUUAGUCGGCGACGAAGACACGUUGGUGGUAGUCUACCAGCUCCACGAGCUUCUUGACCACUACCGUCUCCAGCUUGUGCAGUCGUUUAAGCACCAUAUGCUCAAGUAUAAGCUCGAGAAGACCGCGGCUGCCGUCGAUAAUAAGACCCAGGGAGUGGACGAUAUCACUAAGAACCUCCCUACUUUACCACCAUCAUCGGAUUUGCUACAAAAGCUGGCCAUCAGCAAGUUUGAUGCUCACAUGACGGCGUUGGUGCUGCUACUAAAAGAGGUAUCGGCGACCUCAGUGGUGGUAUUAACUGGGGGACUUGACGCUCGCUUUUGUAAGCUUGAACCGUGGCCGGCAACAUCAUCGUCGUCGUCGCAGCUUCCGUCACUGCCGAUAUCUCAGUCACGAGACCCUGUUGCUCCCAAUCGGACUCGCCUCAUGCUCGUCCCGUCAUCAGAGUUUCUCUACCCUCACGUUGCGGCUCGGUUCAUCUUCUUCCGUGACUGGUACCAGAAAUCACCAAAGUUUGCCCUGGCGGAAUGCUACCAGCCUCGGGUCAGCUAUACUGACUUGCGCCUUGUCCACGCAGUUAAAGUGGAUAGAGGAGGCCAAGUCAAUACCUACUGGUUUGACCUAGACGCUGAUGACGAAGCCACCCAGCUGAGUCAAUUUAAAGUUACUAGUCUUAUGGUGGACACUGUUGACGAAGAACCAGAAGAUGAUGCCAACCAAUUCUCCUCGCAACUGACGGCAGAAGCUAACGUAACCGUCGUGAUGAACUCGUCAGCGCCGCCCGAACUCCCACUGACGCCGCUGGUGACCUACGACAACACCCACGUCACCAUCAGAUACCGUCUGACUCCAUGA